AUGUGUUGUACACUUAAUGGACAUCAAUCUGAUAGGCGAAUGACGCUGUGUGUGUGUCAAGACCCAUGCUGCUCUUGAACGUACCCAAAGCAUCCCGGAAAUGACAGGUUUAUCUUACUCUUGAAGUGAUUUGUUGUCGGCGUGGUUUUGUUCACUGCACGUCUGCUUGUGCUGGGGGACUUGAGUUGACACAGAAUUUUCUCUAACGCUAUGUUCAUUUGUUUUACGACUACCCAAAGACUGAGGUGGUGUCAAAGCAAUCAGGGACGCUGUACGUUCACCAAUCGAUAAUCGGGAUUCAGAUGCGGGAUAGGUAACCGAUAGUCUGUAAUGUUAGCAUGGUGUCCCCGCAUGGUUUUUGGCAUUGUAAUUCGCGUUGCGCGUAUCGUUCUGGCUACUGGUAAUGCUAGAUGCUUUAUUGACAUUUGAUUUUGGCAUGUGUUGGCUGUCUGCUGCAGUCCAGUUGGUAGCUUGAUGUAUUAUUUCUGACGCACUUGUUAGCCGUGGUAACAGUUGGUGCGCAAGUACGCUUUAUUUGUGUUAUUAUUGUGUAGGGACUUGAGAGAAAUGUUUUACGAACCGUAUAGUCAUAGGAGUAAAAAAUGUAAGACUAGCAUAACGCUUUACUCAGAAUGAUGUGGACGCUUACGUCCUAAACGAGGGGAUUUCUUGAGCUUGUUGGCAAGGCUGGUGGUUUCGAUUCCUUCUUUUUGUAAUUGACAGCAAACGUUACGUCUGUUCCUGUCGAGCUACCUAGCUAUAGCUCAAAAGCUACGUCUGUUGGGGUAUUUCUGUUCUUCUGCUCGUGGCUAUGGAGAAUGUAGGCUGCGUUAACAUUUGUAGUCUCACUAGUACACUACCCGUGAUACCUUAUCAGAAAUUGACUGACUUGCACUACCUCAGUAAAGGUGGGUUUGGAACCGUGUUCAAGGCACGACAUUGUGACUGGCGCACCACCGUUGCUAUUAAGUGUCUGAAAUUGGAUUCUCCUGUCGGCGAAAGGGAAAGAAACUGUCUGUUGAAAGAAGCAGAGGUCCUGCACAAGGCCAGGUUCAACUACAUAAUUCAGAUUUUCGGUGUGUGCAAUGAGCCGGAAUUCUUCUGCAUAGUCACAGAGUACAUGAGCAAUGGCUCCCUCGAUGACCUGCUCCAUGAGAAAGACUUGUACCCGUCGCUGGCCUGGCCGCUGAGGUUGCGUAUUCUCUACGAGAUCGCCCUCGGCGUAAACUUCCUCCAUAACAUGACCCCGCCACUGCUGCACCAUGACCUGAAAACGCAGAACAUCCUUCUGGAUGGGGAAUUCCAUGUGAAGAUUGCAGAUUUUGGCCUGUCCAAAUGGCGGCAGCUGUCCAUCAGUAAAGGGUCCAGCUCUAAGCCCACCGAGAUGGGAGGGACGGUCAUCUACAUGCCCCCAGAGGAGUACGAGCCCUCCAAGACACGCCGCGCAGACGUCAAGCACGAUAUGUACAGCUACGCGAUCAUUAUGUGGGAGGUGCUGGCUCGACGGAUACCCUUUGAGGAGGCCACCAACCCCAUGCAGAUCAUGUUCAGCGUGCUGCGUGGCACGCGUCCCGACACGAGCGUGGAGAGUCUCCCGGCCGACAUCCCGAGCAGAGACAUGCUGCUACACCUCAUGACCAGCGGCUGGGCGGCUAACCCCGACGAACGGCCCUCUUUUCUCAACUGUCUGAUCGAGCUGGAGCCUAUGCUGAGACAGUUUGAUGAGAUCGACGUUCUAGAAGCGGUACUUGAAAUCAAGAGGUCAAAGAUUAUGAGAAGACCAGGGUGCUGUCCCUCAUCCGUGUCUGUGUGUGAGAAGAAGAGGGAGGUGUGUGCAAAAGAGAGCUGUGGCUCCUGGAACGACACAAGCUCUUCUCCUGACAGCGGCUCCUGUUCGUCUCAGGACACUAACAUCUCCCAGCCUGGCAGCCUCAGCAGCAUGGCCAGCAGGCCCCCCUCCAGCCUACCCAAAGGCAAGUGCCUAUCCCAACUAGGGAUUCCAGCUAGUCCUCCUGCGUCAUUCUUUCCUCCCUCACUGGACCCUCCCAAGCCCCUGAUCGACCAGAACAACCUGAACGACUUCCCCACGGCGCUGCACCCCCAGACAGACUUCAACAUCCCUCUGAAGCCGGAGCACGCGGAGGGGGGCUGCCACGUGCCCAUGAGCGACCUCAGCCUCCAGCCACACCCACAUGCGUUUUCCGACUCGCUGGGCCCUGCGGCGCGCUGGAUCGCGGCCCGUCGCGAGGAGGUGGUGCGUCAGAUGACGGAGGCGUGCCUGAACCAGAGCCUGGACGCGCUGCUGGCCCGCGAGCUGCUGAUGCGCGAGGACUACGAGCUGGUGGUGAACAAGCCCACGCGCACCGCCAAGGUGCGGCAGCUGCUGGACACCUGCGACCACAGCCACAGCGAGGACUUCUGCCGCGUGGUCGUGCGCAAGCUCCAGGACAACAAGCAGCUGGGCCUGCAGCCGUACCCCGACCUCGGAGCCUCGCCGCAGGGGUUGCUGCCACUGCCAGGGGCCCCCUUGCCUGUGCCCAGCGCACCCCCACUCUCCACCACCUCCUCCUGCUCCUCAUCCUCUUCUUCUUCAUCCUACAAUGCCCGUAAUAUGUUUUGAGAGCUGAUCUGAGAGACAGAGAGAGUGACCGAUAAAAAAAAAAAGAGAGAGACAAGUAGAAGGAGCGAAGAUGAACUGCUGGUGGAUGCGUGAAGGAGACUGCCCUGGAUGGCAUGUGGAGAGUAUUGGGUUUUUUUUGUUUUGUUUUGUGUUGUGGUUGUAUGGUGUGUCUCGGCAUGGCUGACUGACUGAUCUAUCUCUCUGUGGUUUUACAUUUGCAUUCCUGAGAUGGCUGAGAUGAACAUGGCCACGUCCCUUAUGUCAACUUCCUAAUGAGAAUCCAGAAUGCAACGAAAGCUCUGAAGUCCACAGAUCCACUAUUGGGUUGUUUGUCUUCCUCGUUUUUGUUUCCUUUUUCCUCUAUGCCUUUGUACUUGGCGGAUUAUUCUCCCACCAUUUGAUUUUGGUCUUUCCAACCCUUCCACUUAGCUGGCAAACCAUAGGUGGUUUGUAGCCAGACUACUAUACACCAGAUCAGAAAGUGUCUGUGUGUGCAUUUUGUGGUGUCUAAAACAAAACAAAACCCUGGUACCAGUUCUUCCUGGUUUCACGAACUUAAUCGACCUUCUUAGUAUUUGGAGCAGGUCUCAGAGAUUGAGUCACCCUAUCACAUUUUUUUAAUUACUUUUGGACCCUUGUCCCACUCCAAUUAAACCACCUCCUUUUUAAGUCUUACUGUCUUAUCUCUUUUUAAGACUAUUGCACAUACUGGGCGGAACUGGGCCAGAGAGCAACCUGGCUCUGGCUUCUUUUUCUCCCACUGUGAGUGCUGUGAGGAACAGGAGGUUUAACGGUGCAUACACACCGCAAGCGCGGACGUCCACUUAACGUCCACUGAACGUGUCCGGUAUCAGUCCGAAACGGUUAGAAUACAUGUAAACCGAUCAUGCCUUGCAUGCAGGAGCGCGGUGUGAGCGCAGUGCAUGUCCGGCCCGACUGGACAUGUCUGUGAUGCUCCUUGAAAAUAGAACUCGAGUCUAUUUUCCUGCGCGGACGCCCGCGUUCAAUGAGUGGCUUCCAUUGAAAAUGAAUGGCUGCUGCCCGCGGAUAGAUCGUGGACGCUGACUGUGCAGUGUGAAAGGCACCGCGCGAACCUCUCGGACUCGCAAUGCUCCUGGACACGUUAAGUGAACGCGAAUAUCUUGGUGUGUAUGUACCGUAAUGAGGCUUAGUCUACUUCAAAUAGGUCAAAUAAAAACUAAGUUUUUUUACCAGUGAAAGUGUAUGGAAAAUAACUGCUGUUCAUGUAGCAACAGAUCGUCACAGUUGUCUGUGUCUGAAAGCGUACGGUUGACAAGGCUCUCUAGUGAAGCUGCUUCAAAAUGCCUCAGCCAUUUGCAAUAAUUACAGCUCCAGACUCUUGGCAGGGUCACUGAGACACGGAAAGUACGGUAGGCUGCAGCGCAACGAAGAGUAAAGACUAUAUUCUCCUGAAACCACUUGUACAGCCCCAAACAGCACUUGAAGUUUCCCGUAGCUCUUUCUGUCUUGCCAAGACUCUCUAUGACUUAUCACAGUUAAUAAUACAGCAGACUGAUAAUGUUCCCUCUACUCACCAGUGCCGGGCUGUCUCAUACACACACACACACACACACACACACACACACACACACACACACACACACACACACACACACACACACACACACACACACACACACUCCUACAUAUACUAACAGGUGGACAGUACACAAGAUCUGCUUUGGGGAUAGGGGUUAAACGUCAGUAAUACAGCAGAACAUGCCAAAGUGUAUGUGCCAAGCGUGCUUUGUUUACAGUUUCCUCGUUUGGGGUCUCCUCGUCCGUUGGGCCUUGGGCGCAUUCCAAUAUGCACACUCCUGUCCUACACCUGUGCUUGUGGCCUCGUCCUGCCUCCUGGCCCAGCCUCUGUGGAGAAAACGGUAAAGUUUCCCAGCUGUCAGCCUAGCCACAACACAUUUUGGAGGAGUGUUUUUCAUUCACCAUCCCAAUUGCAAAUGAGAAAAUUACAUUAGAAUUGUGCUUUUGCGAGAUAUUUAAUUAAUUUUCUGUCGUCAGUGACAUCAUCAUGAGGUCACAAGCAGGCAAGGGAGCAAGGGAGGACGGGAGUCCACAUAUUGGAAUCCACCCCUUGUUUUUCUGCUUCCUCUCCCGGACCUGGUUUCACAUCCUCUGCCUAGGGGACCCUGCGCUGAUCGUGAGCUAGUCAGCUCCAAGGUGUGAGGCCAGAGCAGGAGGACACUGCUCCUAGUUGUCUGCAGUAACGGCCUUCAAUGUUUGUCUGUGUUUAUCAAUCUCCAGAGGCCACACGGAUUCACCUCCAUCCUCCUCCGUGGUGUUUUCAGAUCUUAGCUGCUCCUGGUUUCGCGCAGUGCUCAUGAGUUCAGAGAUUAUAAACAUAGAAUAGACAAGCUCAAUAGCUCAAUUUUUAUUCAUUUGAAUUUUGUCAUUUGACUUGUUUGACGAGUAUCAAACGGCUCCAUUUUAACACUUCAGCACUAUGCUGCAGGCUAGCAAUCAGGAUGAGAUCAUUUUCCAAAAACCCUAUUAAAAAUUUAAACAUUUUUAAAUAAAUAGGUUCCAUGAACUCAAACUCUUUUGAAGAGCCCACUUUCUGGGGAUGCAGUGAGGACCAGUUAGGCUAUAAGCUUUAGGUACUGUGGGAAUUGUUCUGUGUGUGUUUUUAACCGGCAUAGAGAUCUUUGCCUUGCUUUUUUUUUUUUUUGCCCGAGGAUUGAGAGUCAGAUGUUUCCCAGUCCAUAUCGUGUCAUGAUUUUUUUUAAAAGCAUAAUUAUUUAUUCACUGAAAUGUCUAUAGGAUAUGUGCUGAUGGAACUAUGCCACGUAGCUUACUUGCCAGAGCCCACAUCCUUUGCUGUUAUACUGCCUGUAUAUUUGUUCUUCCUUUUGCACUGAGAGUACAUAUCCCAUGUUUUUUUAUUGUGUAGAUGAAUACCUGUCUACCUAUUAUAGCACAAAAGAAAAGAUAAAUAGUGAGGACUGGAUGGAAGUUGUUACACUGUUGUGAUGUUGUUCUGUGGGUAAACCACAACAAAAUGUCACCCAUGCACGUAGUUAAGUAGGGAAACUAUCGGUAUAUAUGUUCUGCCCUCCCCUCCCCCAUGACAUUUUUCUGUUUCCCCUUUCCAUUUACCGUACGGCGUCAUUUUUGAGGCCAGUAUGGUAAUUCAUUAUUUGGAUCUUUAAAUCUGUUGCCUUAUUUGUGAGUCAUUCACAGAAGAAACACAGAAGAAUAAGAAAAAUUAAUAGUCUACAGUACAUGACAAUAAUGUUUAUGUAGCAACUGUAGCAGAAAUGUAGUGGCUGCCUGUACUGUUCAUGUAAGUGACAAAGACAUUUGUAUUGUUUCUAUCAAGAUGAGCUUUGCCACGGUCAUUAAAAUGGGUACUAUUUCA